AGUGCCUCCUGUCUUGCUCUGCCCUCCGCAGGCAUGAAAUAAAGCAGGAGGUGGCAGGGCAGGCUCCUGGCCAAAGGCUCCUGAAGGAAGGAGGUUAAUUUUUAGAGUAAUCUCUGUGGAGUGGUUUUAUUUGAAGUUUAUAAAUGACGUAGUGCUAUCAUGCCCAGGCCUUCCAUCUCUGCCUCAUGGGGAGACUUGUUCUCUGUUAAGGAGGGUGGGAGAGUUUGUGAAGAAUACUGUUCUAAGAGAUUAGAUUCUUGGCAUUGUUUAAAAGUAGGAAGGAACUAAAGCUGUAGAGGGGGGGAAAUCCUUCUGGAGAUCCCUGUUGCUCUGUGGGAUGAGGCUUUGUCCUCUCCCGUUGCUCAGUGGGAGCAGCAGUGCUUUAGGAAGGAGACACACUCCCCGUAAGACUUAAUCUUACAGAUAAACCCUUUAAACCUCCUUUGGAAAAUGUGCCCUGGGGAGAAUGAUGUUCAGGCUCCUUGAGGAGCAGGAGAUAAACCUGCUGGGAGAAAGGGGGAGAACCUGCCACCCAUUUUUCUGGGAAAGGGAACUGGGCCCAUGUGUGUGGAAAAUACUUUCUGGGAGCCUGCAAAGGGGUGCUCUUAUAGCACAAAGCAAGGAUUUGAGCUGGAGCAAAUGGACAAUCUGCCUCUUUGUAGCUGGGGAGCAGGGUGGGAUGGGAACAAAAGGGAAUAUAAAUGCACUUCUGCUCUUAGGAGAACUUGCUACUGGGGAUGCGCAUCCUGCAGCCCCAGAGUAUUAGGAGGAGCAGAGAUGUGUUGUCUCACGUUGACUGACAGAACUUUGGGAGAGAUCAGGAGAGAAGUAUUUAAUUUCUUCUGUGUCUUUUCCCUGUCCCUCCGUAAACCGAGUUUCUGGAUGUUGCCUGCUCGCUGAAGGGUUGCGUUGGCAUUCUGGCAUGUAAUGGAGUGUACACUGAAAUGUGUAUAUUACAAACAUAUGGUUUCUCUUUUUAACUUUCCCUUCCCCCUCCCCCUUACUCAUUUCAAACAUUGGUGUGUCUGCCAACGUCCUGGAUGGAGAUGUGACGCAAGCUUCCUAGCAUGUAUAUGAUUUGUGGGACACAGUGUCACUGUGUUAACUGAGCUGGACUGCCUUGCCUCCUGCUUCAUGUCUCCUGUAAACCGCAAGGAUUGGUGGAGUGGAGCGACUGCAGUGGUGCAGGCAGCCUUCUGCGCUCCAAAGAAGGAGAAGGUGGCAAUUAAACGGAUCAAUCUUGAGAAGUGUCAGACGAGCAUGGAUGAACUCCUGAAAGAAAUUCAAGCCAUGAGUCAGUGCCAUCACCCCAACAUUGUAUCUUACUACACAUCGUUUGUGGUGAAAGAUGAGCUUUGGCUGGUGAUGAAGUUACUUAGUGGAGGUUCUGUUUUGGAUAUUAUAAAGCACAUUGUGGCCAAAGGAGAACACAAGACUGGUGUCCUGGAUGAAGCCUGUAUAGCCACAAUCCUUAAGGAGGUGCUGGAGGGGCUGGACUACCUGCAUAAAAAUGGACAAAUCCACAGGGAUGUGAAAGCAGGAAAUAUUCUUCUUGGAGAAGAUGGCUCAGUGCAAAUUGCAGACUUUGGUGUUAGCGCAUUUCUGGCCACUGGUGGUGACAUUACCAGGAAUAAAGUCAGGAAAACUUUUGUGGGCACGCCCUGCUGGAUGGCACCAGAAGUUAUGGAACAGGUCAGAGGAUACGAUUUCAAGGCAGACAUCUGGAGCUUUGGGAUCACUGCUAUCGAACUGGCUACAGGGGCAGCUCCUUACCAUAAAUAUCCACCGAUGAAGGUUCUAAUGCUGACGCUACAGAAUGAUCCUCCAUCCUUGGAAACUGGUGUGCAAGAUAAGGAGAUGCUGAAGAAGUAUGGGAAAUCAUUUAGGAAGAUGAUUUCAUUGUGCCUACAAAAAGACCCUGAAAAAAGACCCACAGCAGCAGAACUCUUAAGACACAAAUUUUUCACGAAAGCAAAGAAUAAAGAAUUUUUACAAGAGAAGAUGUUGCAGAGAGCACCAACAAUCACUGAAAGAUCCAAAAAGGUUCGGAGAGUCCCAGGUUCCAGUGGACGUCUUCAUAAGACUGAAGAUGGUGGCUGGGAAUGGAGUGAUGAUGAACUAGAUGAAGAAAGUGAGGAAGGCAGAGCAGCAAUUUCACAGCUCAGGUCUCCCAGAGUGAAAGAACCUGUACAGAAUUCUGAGCUAUUCCCAUCAGCUGAGCCUCCAGGUCCUUCACUCAAUGCUCCAGCACAGGCACCUACUCAACUACCUCAGGCUGCAGGACAAGUACCUGCACAACCUCAAACUGCUGUACCUCCACCUAGACAGGCUCCUCCAGCAGCCCCAGCAGCAGCCCAGGCCCCACCUGCCCCUGCUGCAGCUCUGGUACAGGAAGAUACGAAAGUCCCCAUCAGCCUUGUACUAAGGUUAAGGAAUUCAAAAAAAGAGCUCAACGAUAUUCGAUUUGAAUUUACCCCAGGGAGAGAUACUGCUGACGGUGUGUCUCAAGAACUCAUUUCAGCAGGUCUUGUUGAUGGCAGAGAUCUUGUAAUAGUUGCAGCUAAUUUGCAGAAAAUUGUGGAAGAGCCCCAGGCCAACAGAUCCGUCACUUUCAAACUGGCAUCUGGUGUUGAAGGCUCAGAUAUUCCUGAUGAUGGCAAACUUAUAGGAUUUGCACAGCUCAGCAUCAGCUAAACAAUGGUCCCAGGAGAUGUUUCCCAACUGAGAACCCACAUGUGCAUAUUCGUAAUGCUUCUGUUAGCCUAAAAGAAAAAAAAAACCACUACUGCCAAAGAAUUGAACUACAGCCCCCUUCCUAGAAGCUUUAACAUUUUCCUUAAUAGGUUCACAAACCUUCCUGAAAUUACCGAUGGUGUUUACACCUUUUGUAAACAACUCUCAUGUUUUUGUAUCUGUCAUCUCAAACAUGCAGAUCCAACACGUCAUUGCCUGCAUGUUCAUUUUAUUAUUGCCUUACUUUAAAGAAAAAUACUACUGAGUACGAAGCAGGGGGUUCCACUGCUCUGAUGAUCUUGCCUAAAUGUUUGCUUACAUGUGGUUUCAUUUUUUUUCACUUGCUAUUUUUGCACAAGUUUUAAUACUGAAUGGAUCUUUUUUUUUUUUUUUUUUUGGUCCUUUACCUGCUCCUCCUAUCUGAAACACCAAUGUACAUGUUGUUUGGGUCACCUGGAGUGCUGAGAAAUCUGCUUCUCUUCAGCUGUGUGUUUUUAAAACUGCUGGUUUGAAUGCUUGCACCUGAGAAAGCAAGCCAAGUCUUAACCCACGGGAGGGAGAGCCGCCUUCCCUUGUGUUUGUGUUUUUGAGAAGUUCCUUGACUUUGAGGUGUUAGAAGUCAGCUUCCCUUUGUAAACUGCCUUAAUUUUAUUUUAUUUUAUUUUAUUUUUUUUUAUUACCAUUUUGGUUCUCUCCACAUGAGUGCCAGGCGUGGCAUGAGGGCUGAACCUUUCAAUUUGCGUUAAAGCAGUCCUUCAACAAAACGUCUUUCAUUCUGCAUCUUAGAUGUAGUCAGUUCUUGAAGCAGACCCACGAGGCAUUGCUGUCUGGAAUCUGGUCUUUCAGGUGAUCGACAAAAUAUUUGCGAUCAGAGGGAGAGGAGAUCUGUGUCACUCUGUGUUUGGAAACAAUGCACUUCAAACUGUUCCUGAAGCCCAGUCUCUUAUGCCUGGCUGCGUGAGUCCUCCCGACGUGUCUCCCAGUCCUUUGCAAACUGGUACCCGUGGAACCAUCCCUGUCGUGUUUUACAGCAAUAAAGAAUCGCCAGUAGAGUGGUAGUACUGGGCAAGCGAGCGCCGGGCUGUGUCCCUCCUGCACUAGUCGCUCGGGUCGUCGGCCUUCCCGUCGGUCCGAGCCUCCACAUUUGAUCAGGAUGUCACUGCAACCCUGUCACACACGUAUUUAGCUUUUCUUUCUAUGUGGUGUUGAAGUUGAGUUUCUACAUGAAUAAUAUAAAUUAUACUCUGAGUUUGAUAAGAGACACUUGUAAUGCAAUAUGUGAAUAAUAAAUGGUGUUGACUUUUUUUCCUACUGUUUCACAGUUGGCCUUUGUAACUGCUAUUGGCUCUGGAGUGUUUUCUACACAGGAAUUGUAAGUCUGUAAUUUAACAUGCAGAUGGAAAUGUGUUUUGUUUCCAUCAGCCACAAACAAUGCAGAAACAGAGCAGAAUGACUGAGUUCAAUUAGGACUUCUUUUAUUUCCAACUCUUCAGAUGAACAAUCUGUAUUUAUAUAUUGUUCUCUAUGAGCAGCUGUGGAAGCUUCCUGAAUUAUGCAUGUUCUUUUUAUACUGCCCUUGAUGCUUUUAGCCUCUAGGUGGAUAUUGGGUAUGUCCCCAUGGGCUAUUUGCAGCCCUGUGGCUGGUGAGUGUGAAGGGGAGGGAGAGGAGAAAGAGGGUUUAGGAGCAAGAGCAUAUCAGGGUGCUGAGCAGAUGCUUUCCAGUGCCCGGGAAGCGGGUGCCUGAUACCAGGGAGUUGGUGGUAGCUGAGUUUGGCCAAGUGUGUGUGCGUACAUGCGUGUGGCACCUCUGGUGCUUCCUCCUGUUGUCUGACACAAAGCACUCCCUAUGAUGUCCCCCAUUGAGCUUCUUGGCUUGGGAAGAACAGGCUGGCAUCUUGUCGCCCUUUGCUUGAUAGAGAUGUAUUGGAAACCCUUAGGAUAUGGAGAUGAGAUGGUCUUGGUACAGUAUUAUUUUCCCUUCUCUCUGCAUGCCAUGGGGACCUCCUUCAUUCGUGUGCUGGUGCUGAGAAAGGUAGAGCUCAAACUGCUCAAAUGGAACAAUGCAGUGUCUAUUUAUUACGUUAUUCCCCACCUUCCCAAAGCCAGGACUUUGAAGAGCUUGAGGUCACCCUAACCUAAGGCUCCUUAAUUCUUUAAUGGAGAAAAUAAGGAAGAAACAUGUUUUUUGCUCUAUAGAUCUCCAGAUGUUUUUGGGUAGGGAUCCAAAAUAUUUACUUGGGCUAUUACAGUGCUAGACAACUGUCUUUUCUGAUGUUGUUCCAGUAAGUGCCAAUGCUGUUCAUAAUUGUUUUCCAGUGUCAUUAAGAAUUUGGUUUUUGUGCAAAUUUCUGAUCUGAACCUGGAAUCAGGUGGUAAUUUUAAGUUAGUUCCUACUUUUGAGGACAAUGCUCUGUUAAUGAAAACGGAUCCUCUUCACAAUUUUGGUGUAUUGUAGAUUAUAAUGAAAGAUGUAAAAUAUUCAGGCUUUUUUCCUUUUUUGGACUUUGUAUUUUACUGCAUGUCUCUAAUUUUUAAUCAAUAAAGAACAAAUUGUCCAUUG